ACAGAACCAUCGCUCAACAAGCCAGUCGUCUUCCUUAGAUAUUUUAUAAUAAUAUAAAUAUAUAAUAAUGAAAUUGCUCGUGGUAGCCGCUGUCCUCGGAGUCUGCUUAGCAGACCGCCUUGACAACAAAUACCUCCCUCCCAGAGGAAACGCUGGCGCUGGUGGCUUCGGCCCUGGCUUCGGCGCUGCCGGAGCUCCCGGCUUCGGUAAAGCCGGAGGCGCGGGUGGCUUUGGUGCCGGUGGAGCUGGCGGCUUUGGUGGUGCCGGACGCGGUGGUGCUGGCGGCGCUGGCGGUGCCGGAGGCUACGGUGGCGCCGGAUCCGGUUUCGGCGGCGGAGCCGGUCCCCAGUACUCUGGCAACGCGUAUAACGCACCAGCUGGUGGAGCGUACGGUGGUGCCCGCGGUGGAAACUCCGCUGACGCCAACGCUCAGAUCCUCAAGCUGAACAACGAAGUUACUGCCGAAGGAUUCGCUUAUGACUUCGAGACCUCAAACGGUAUCCGCGCUGAUGCUCAAGGUGUUGCCACCAACGGAGUUCAGUCUCAAGGAAGCUUCGCCUACAAGGGAGACGAUGGCCAGGACUACAGCAUCCAGUACACCGCUGACGAGAACGGAUUCCAGCCCCGUGGUGCCCACCUCCCCACUCCUCCCCCCAUCCCCGAAGAGAUCCUGAAGUCUUUGGAGCAGAACGCCCGUGAUGAGGCCGCUGGCAUCGUUGAUGAUGGUACCUACCGCGGUGAAGGCGCUGGUGCGGGCGCUGGCAACGGCUACGGAUCUGGACCUGCUGGUGGAUACUCUGGUGCUGGAGCCGGCGGCUUCGGCGGCGCUGGUGCUGGUGGCGCCGGAUCCGGCUUCGGAGGUGCUGGAGCCGGCCGUGGUGGCGCCGGAUCCGGUUUUGGUGGCGCCGGAUCCGGAUUUGGAGGUGCUGGUCGUGGUGGAGCCGGCGCUGGCUUCGGAGGUGCUGCUUCUCGUCAGUACCUCGCUCCCAACGCUGGAGGCAGAGGAUCUGGGUCAGGAAACUUCAACUCCCAGACUGGUUACCAGUACUAAGAUGGAUAAGCUCGUGGUGAUGUAUGGAGGUCAUGGCUGUGCAAAUGUAGAACAGGAAUUUUAAAAAAUUGUCUGAGUAAUGAAGUGUGAUCAUCAGAUAGGAAUGGAAUUACGUUGAUUUUUUAUAAAAAUUAAUGUGAUUUUUAUUAUUUGUGAAAUUAUGUGAAAAUCUUAAAAAAUAUGUUUUGAUUUGCACAGUCGUUGAAACAAUUUUCGUUACCUUUUUUAUUGAACAUCGUAUUUAUUAUUAUUCAUUUUCGCUCUCUUUUUUAUUAUUAUUAUUAUCGAACUACCCUCCGCCAUCAUUCACUGGUAUGUGAUGUAUAAAUAACGAUUAUUUUGCUGUGAACCGAUACUUGUGAUGAUAAUUAUUAAUAAUAUUGUUAUUAUUUUUGUUCAUAUAGAGUAAAUACUGUCUCUUUUUCUCUUAAUUGUGAUCUCAAACCUUUGUAUAAAACUCUUUAUUUCUGUGAAAUUAAAUUUCUUCCUGUUAAAAAUGUUAGUUAAGUAAGUUUUUAUCAGCAAAGCAAGGACAGUAUAGUGUAAGAUGGAAAAUGUACAAAAAAAAGUUACAUUUAGUAUUUAAGAAUUGUAAAUAUGAAAUGAAGCAACGAAUAUACGACUUAAUGCAAAAAAAAUAUUUACUUUUAUUU